CGGCCAAGAUGGCGGCGCCCAGGGGCUGAGGGACGAGGGCAGCGGGGGACACCACUGUUGCCGCCGCCGGGCCAUGAAUGUGGCGCGCUGCUGCGGCCCGGCCCAGGCUGUGCCAGGCUUAUUUGUUUGGCACCUUCAGAAAAGAGCGAUACAGCAUAUGCCAUGCAAGCUUAUACAAAUUUGCAGGCUAGCCAGUAAAAGAUGGAUUACAUUUCAGCACUUUAGCUUCCUCAAACGAAUGUAUGUAACACAGUGCAACAAAAGCCUCUAUCAGCAAGCAAAACCGAAGCCAGAUCCAGUUGCACCUCCUUUCCAGGAGAGGCAACAUUUGGGGCAUGAAAAAAUGGUUAUACAUAAGAUUAAGCCAGUUUCACUUCCCUGCCUACCUUUGCCUGAGGCAUCAAAAGGAGCUGAGUUCAGCAAAGCAAAGUUAGCUGCAGAAAUAGAAGACUCAGCAACAUCAGGAAUAGAAGAAUCCAAGGAAGAAAAACAAUGGAAAGAAAUGAAGUUACAGCUGGAUGAUUUACCAGGAAUUUUAGCACGUUUGUCCAAAAUCAAACUUACAGCCCUGGUUGUGAGUACCGCAUCAGCUGGAUUUGCUAUGGCUCCAGUCCCUUUUGACUUCACUUGUUUCCUGCUUGCCUCUGUUGGAACUGGACUUGCUUCCUGUGCUGCCAACUCCAUCAAUCAAUUCUUUGAGGUUCCAUUUGAUUCAAAUAUGAACAGGACAAAGAACAGACCUCUGGUGCGAGGACAGAUCAGUCCACUCCUUGCCGUGUCCUUUGCUGCCUCCUGUGCAAUUCCAGGAAUCGCCCUGUUGACACUGGGAGUAAAUUCUCUCACUGGGGCGCUAGGAGCUUUCAACAUUUUCCUCUACACAUGUUGUUAUACACCAAUGAAAAGAAUGAGCAUUGCCAACACAUGGGUGGGGGCUGUUGUUGGUGCCAUUCCUCCCAUCAUGGGCUGGACUGCAGCUACUGGCAGUCUUGAUCCUGGUGCAUUACUGCUGGGAGGAAUUCUGUACUCCUGGCAGUUCCCUCAUUUCAAUGCCCUGAGCUGGAACCUCCGCGAGGAUUAUUCCCGAGGAGGAUACUGUAUGAUGUCCGUCACCCACCCAGCAAUGUGCAGGCGGGUAGCUCUGCGUCAUUGUUUGGCCUUAAUUGGACUCUCAACAAUGGCUCCUGUCCUCGACAUCACCACAUGGACUUUUCCUGUCAUUUCACUCCCUAUCAAUCUGUAUAUUUCCUACCUCGGCUUUCGGUUCUACAGGGAUGCGGACCGCAGCAGCUCCAGAAGUCUUUUUUUCUGCAGCCUGUGGCACUUGCCAAUGCUUCUGCUUCUCAUGCUCACAUUUAAGAAAUCUCUAAUAGAGAAUGAUGAUAAAGGGAAGCUUCCAAGCUGAAAUCCUGGCAAGGUACUGAAAUCAGAUUGCCUUAAUGUCAAUUAGGUGUUGUCAUCCCUGUUUCACUGUCAAACAGAGAGUAUGUCAGUAACUAUAUGCAGGGAAAAUUAGGGUGAUCUUUUUGAAGAUAAUCUUUUGUGCCCAGUGACCACUUUAUAUAAAUCGUUUUCUAAGUUCUUUUUAAAGGGAAGGGACUUCGUUAAUGGCAGAGCUUGGUGAAUGGAAUUCAGGUCCCUUUACUGCACUUCUUAGGUCAUGAGUUAAAAUCCAGUCUAGGUCAGAGACUCAUAAUUUUUUAUGGCUUCCUCCUGGUCCAUGUGAAACGAAUGUGGUGAGUCUUGGACUCAUGUUUAGUAAAAACAGAUCCACGUUAGAAAACAUCUCCAUCUCCCUCAUUUGACCAGCGUCUUUGGCAGUCUUAGAGAAGAAGCUAAGAUGACUUGGCAUUAAUGUUGUUCUUUCCUCUCAUUUCCCAAUGAAGUGGGCGUCCAUUCUUGAAACUAGAGACCUAUUGUUGGUGUUCCCAAACACCAGAGGGCAAAGGGAAGUUCACGUUGCCACAGUCUAUUCCGUCCCUGUUCUGUUACUAAACAGAAGGCUUCAGUAUCUGGGACUGUCAGCCUGGCACCUUUCACAAGGCUUAAAUUCACUUUAAUAAGUUUUCAAAGCUUCCAGAUUCUUUUCUAUUAUUUUUUUUCAAUAUUUUGAAAGGCAUCCUACUACACACUGCACAUUAGCAUUUAAACAGCCUCCAGCUGAACAAAGUUAUUUCCUAAUAUAUUGCUUUCAGAUUCUUGUAGCCCAAUUGUUAUUAUAUUGCCAUCACAAAGGAAUUUCUGACUCUCCCAAGUUUUUAUGAGAAAUCUUAAAAACGAACACUUGGGGCAAAAUUUUCAACUGGUACAAAUUGACAUAACCAUGUUGACUUUAGUAGAACUCUGCUGAUUUACAUCAGCUGGGGAUCAGGUCUUUAGAGUCCAAGUGUAAGAGUUUUAUAUGCUAAUGUGUAAUCUGCCAACCUGCUGAGUCUAAGACCGUCUGCUCAUGAGGUAUUUCCUAUAAUUAGUUGAAUUGUAGGCUUACUUUAAGAAAUAUAACAGCUGUAUUGGGUACCAUGGUACAGUUGUGGUUCAAAAACAAGGUUGCUGUGGGGUAUAUUCUUAGUGAGGAUCACAUUUCAUCACCCUUGAGGAAAAGCCAGUUUUGUUCCAGCUGUUUUGAACUUAGAAACUAGCAAGUUCAAAUUGCUGAUGCAACCAUCAAAGCUGCUGUGCAACAAUAAAGCUCGUCCUCACUAGGAAAAUGCAUCAUACAUGUCAGCUGGCAUGGUUAAAACAUUCCUUGUAGACAAGGACUGAUAAUUCUGUGAUCACAGUUGCAGUUUGCAGCUAAAUCAGGGCUGUGAGACCAAUGUAAAUGUGACCAGCUAAAAUAAUGGUAAACAAAACAACACUCUGUUUAGACAAGGAUUGGGUUCAUCUUAUGGUGCUUGACAUGUGUUAAAACUUGAUGCAUUUUCACGUGAAGAUUUUUCCAGUGUGGAUAGGGACCAGUCUAGGGUGGGACUAUGUAUUGAGUUCUGCUCCCAUUCCCAUCCCAUGGAAAAUCUGCCCACUCUUGCAUUUGAUUUUGGCUCCCAUCCACAACUUAAAUUCUGCAUCAGGAAUAGAUUUUUGUCUGAUCACUAUAAAUAAGUAAAUGAAGUGUAAUCACACAAUCAAAAGUUUUGUUUCUUUUCUGUCCAGUGAUGCCUCAACACAAUUUAUUUUUUCUUCAGCUUGUUGGCAGGUCUGAGCAGUAUUCCACUCCAAUUGCAGGAUUCUGCAGUGUAGCGCUGUUGUGCACCAGAUCCAAGGGCUUCUGAGUUCUGGGAAACAAUAGUUGAUCUAGCCUUAUUAAGCCUUUCAGGAAAUGUCAUUGAUCUGCCACUGUGUCCUCAUCAUCCUGGUAUAAAAAUUUCACAGGACAUUUCAGUGAUACAGGCCAAGAUUCUAGUCUGAAUUGCACUGCUGUAAAUCAGGAAUGACUCCACUGACCACUGUCUCUGCUGGAAGGGGUGCUGUUCAAGAACAGAACCAGGAGCUUUACUUGACAUUUAAACAAUCAGUUGUGAGAUUCGUACUUUUCACAAGUGAUUUCAGAUUACUGUUUAUCUGAAGUAAACUGUCUUCAUAGUAUUCAAGUCAUUUACUGUGGAGACCACGUCAUAGGAACAUGAGGAAAUGACCUGCCAUCUAAUGUUGCUCCAGUUUUUUUUUAAAUGCAUUGAGUUUGUUUUUCUGCAAUAAAACAUGCACUGUACAAAAGCCA